ACUCAAAAAGGACAAUGCUAUGCAGAGAAAACAGAAAAUAUUGAGGGAAGCAGUCUAGGCACGAAGGAUAGCCAACAUCCCUGACAUCAUCAGCAAUUUAGGGGAUCUAUUCACUGAAGCUACAGAUUUAAGCUUGGAACUACAGUCUCUAUCCAUGGCAGCCACAACCGAAGUAAGCUUGAAGCUUCUAGUAGACGUGAGAGGCGAAAGAGUUUUGUUUGCGGAAGCUGGCAAAGACUUCGUUGAUUUUCUCUUCAACAUAAUGUCAUUACCUGUUGGCACCGUUGUUAGACUCCUUAACAAGGAAGGCAUGGUGUGUUCCCUUGGAAAACUUUAUGAAAGCAUUGAAAAGUUGAGUGAUGUUUAUAUGCAACCAUUUCAGGACAAGGACGCCCUGUUGAAGCCUAAAGUUUUUACCUCUGCUACAACAAACUUGCCUCACUUGCUGCCUGAUAUUGAGUCAUCAGAAGAUUCAAAGCAAAAAUGUUUUUACAGAUGUAACUAUGGCUGCGGCUGGAAUAUUGCAGAGGAACCGACCGCUACUUGUCCUCAGUGUAGAAACACAAUGAGUUGCCAGGUUCAAAUUGUUGCGACAGAGAAAAAAUCUUCUUUUACUUCUUUGUCUUCGUCUUCGACUUCGACUUCAUCAUCUGAAGGUGAGGGAGGAUUUGUCAAAGGGGUGGUUACAUACAUGGUCAUGGAUGAUCUUAUGGUGAAGCCAAUGUCAACUAUUUCUAGUAUAGCUUUGCUCAACAGGUUCAAUGUUAAAGAUAUUGGGGCCCUUGAAGAGAAAACCGUCAAAAUGGGCAUGGAUGAGGCUGUGCAAUUGCUUAAGGCAACGUUGCGGUCCAAGACUGUGCUCACUGAUGUCUUCUUUGGGAAGAAGGGAAAUGUCUCACAUGCCUAUUAGUAAUUUGCACCAGAUGUUAAAUGCUGUCUUCCUAUAUUCUAAUUUACUUGUUUGCUUUGAAUCAUUCUGAAGUAUGAUUUGGACUAUUCACAUAAUAUGAAAUUGGAAAGUGAUGAGUUAUAUAUAAUGUACGUAAGAAGACAACUUACCAUGUCUAAUCCUCUUUUCACUUUCAUAAUUGUACUGUAUACAUCUGCCUCUAAGGCGUGAUUGGGACAAACCCCAAGUUCCAACUUUAAGAAAUGAUGGAUUCGAAUGUGACAGAGACAA